GCCCUAAUCUCUACUCACCCACAAUUUGAAAACGGUGUCGUCUAUGUUGUUCAGUCGUCGGAGUAGCUUCCAAACCUCUAACGGUGUCGCCUCUGAACACAGACGUUGACAAACAAUGGGUGCUGUGAAAUUGAAUAUUCGUAAUUGUUCGCAGAGAGUGGAUGGCGUUGCCGCCGAGCCGGAACCUGAUUGGAGCUUUGACGAUCUUGUUUCGGAACUCAACGAUUUGGAGACGAAGCUCGCUAAUACUACUUCUUCCACCGAACGCUCUGUACCUUUCGAAAAAUCAAGAACUCGUGGGAGAGAAAUCGAGAAAGGGAGAGCUUUCGUAUUGCGAGCCGAUGAGUAUGAGAUGGAGGACUCGGAGAGUGAGGAUGAUGAUCAUGUAGACAAGGCAUUGGUAGUAGCUGGCAGUGCCAAACGGUUCACUUGUGAUGAACUUUAUCUGAGUAACAGUGAUGACGAUUCGGACAUUGUUUCUGGUUUUGAAGUGCGGCCUUGCUUGAUGGAUGAAUUGGGAGAGGUAGAAGGUGCCUUGUUUGAGUUGGCGCAGGAGCACCAGCUUAAGGUUAAGGAUGAAAUUAGGAAUAAGAUUUCGGCAUUGGAGACAGCUUUGGUGAAUGAAACUCAGAAUUCUGCUUCUUCUCUCCUUCGAGUUGAGAAAUAUAAAGAAACAAGGCAGGAAUUGGAUAAAAAGUUUGACACUCAAUAUCAGCGUAGGAUUGCAGAAGCACUUGAUAAUCACUUGACAGCUGUUCAACGGGACCGUGAACUCAAAUCACAAAUAGAAGAAAGGAAAAUAAGAAGUGAUGCAGCUUAUGAAGAGGCCAAGAGAAAGGCUGCUUUUGAAAAGCUGCAGCAAGAAAAGGCUAGAGCUGAAGCAGAGGCCAAAGUUAGAGCUGCUGAGGAAGCAAAACGAGAAGCUGAGAGAAAAGCAGCAAUGGAAGCCAGAAAACAGGCAGCAAUGGAAGCUGAAAAGAAAGCUGCAAAGGAAGCCAAUGAAACUUCCAAAAGGGUUACUUCUGGAGGGACCCAACAAGCCGCUGGGGAUUCAACAGAUACAUCAAACCUAUCCAAUGCUGAAAACAAGGAAUAUGGUAAUUUAUAUCGAGCUGCACCAAGUGCUUUGAAUCUAGAACAGGGGAGACUGCAGAAAUUGAAAGAGCUAUGUGAGAGAAACCAAAUGAUAAGAUCAAGUUCUAAUAAGGAUUACACUCGGCAUGAGGGUAAUAUUUCCCGGAAUAUAAGGCAAAUAAGGGGUGUAAGAGACAAUGUCAGGUCAAAAGCCAGCGAACUGAUUAAACUUUUGAAUGAUCCUCAAUGUCCUCAAUCAGUCAGCAUUGAGAUAUUUGCUAAAAAGGUUGUUUCGUACUGUGAAAACCCCGGGAAUGCUCCCUUUGCCAGUGCCUAUGUCAUCGUUCUUAUUACAUCUCAGAUUCCACACGCAAUGGAUAUUUUGCUUGCUGAGCUUCACAUGGCUUGCCUUUAUACCGUUCCAAAGCACCUGCUUUACAAGAAGUCCGCCUUUCAAUCAAAGGAGGCAUACUUCAGAAGUAUUGGUUAUCGAGAAGUGGACGGAAAGUUGGAGAGUACAGAAGAUUAUUUAAAGCGGUUAGAAUCAUACAUGAAGGUGUAUGGUGCACUGGUUCAGACUGAAACUACGAACGUUCAAAAUUUCCACGGCUUGCCAGAAGGUUGGGCGUGGCUCGCAAGGUUCUUGAACACACUCCCAGCAAAUCAUUACACAGCUGUUUCGCUCAAUGCAUUCUUGCAAAUGGCAGGAUUUGCUCUCUUUAAAAGAUAUAAAUCACAAUUCUUAAAGAUGCUGAAUGUCGUCUCUGAGAACUUUUUAGUUGAUUUGAAAUCACGGAAUGUACCAGAAUUGACGAAGACGAUUACGGAGAUACAGACUUAUAUAGAAGAUAAGAAGUUCCUUCAAGAGCCAGAAGGAAAGAGUCUGCAGUCUAAUUUGUUAUCUAAUGUGUAUGUUAAUUAUUGAAAAUUGAAAUUUUUUACUUUAAUAGAAACUAGGUUAGGUAAACUGGCGAUUGUUUUAAUUUAAAAGGUCAGGCAGGUAUUGCGCAAGGGUCAGCAAAGGCCACUCAGUAGUUGAGCAACUUUAAUGUAUUUUACUCUGAUAAACAAAGAAUAGUUCCUUUACCCUGAAAAUGGAAGGAUUCAUAGAUUAUUUGAACUGACUUUAUGCGGA